ACUCAACCAUCACCUCUUCUGUGAGCAACAGGACUCCAAUUCCACAUAUUCAGAGGAAUCUGACCUACAGUCUGUCUGAAUUAUUCUUUAUAGACAGCCUUAAAUAAACAUCGCUGAGUACUUGUACAGAUUUUUUUUUUUUUAAAAAAAAAAAAAAAAAAAAAUGACCGACCCAACCAUCGAUGUAAAUGUCGACCUCGACAUCCAACAAACCCUCCUUGUCGCCUCCCAACACGACAUCCCCAAACUCCGCCUCCUAAUCCGCGACAACGCGCAAACCGGCAACCCCGCCAACGUCAAGGACCCAGAGACGGGAUUUACGCCGUUGCAUGCUGCUAUUGCUGCGUGCGAACCUGACGAGGAAUCUGAACAAUCCAAUGGUGCGAAUAGGGAUGAGCAGGAGAAAGUAAAGCAGGCGAGUCUGGAGAUGGUGCGGUUUUUGUUGCAGGAGGGUGCUAUUUGGAAUGAUUUGGAUUUGAAUGAUGAGACGCCUGGGUGUCUUGCGAGAAGGCUUCGGUUGGGGGAGAUUUAUGCGACGCUUGUUGAUGCGGGGGUGCGCGCGGAGUUGUUGUUGAAUCGGUUGGAUGGGUAUGAGGCGUUGAUUGAGGAGGAGGAUGAUGACGAUGAUGAUGAUGAGGAGGAGGAGGACAACGAGGAGCAGCCAGGGCAGCAAGAAGAGGAGACUAAGGAGGAAAUGGUGACAGAAGAAGAAAUCCCCCAACUCGUCGAAGCAAUCACCGCAGCCACAGAAACCACACCAGAAGCAGCCGCAGACGCAGAAGUCACAAACACCAACUACCUCAACAGCAACCUAACCUUCCAAAACGACCGCCUCCUCGACGCCUCCCAAAACGGCGUAAUGAUGGCCUGGGAAUCAGACAUCAUGUCUCGAAGCGCCAAAAACCUCCUCCCCACCCCGAACCUCCGCGUCCUCAACAUCGGCCACGGCAUGGGCAUCAUCGACACCUUCUUCCAAGAACAGUCGCCCUCGUCGCACCACAUCAUCGAAGCACACCCCGACGUCCUCGCAGAGAUGAAGCGCAAGGGGUGGCAUGAAAAGCCCGGCGUUACGAUCCACGAGGGUAAGUGGAGUGAGGUGCUGCCGGCGCUGGCGCAGGAGGGAGUGACGUUUGAUGCGAUUUACUAUGAUACGUUUGCGGAGUCGUAUGCGGAUUUCAAGGAGUUUUUCAGUGAGCAGGUUAUUGGGAUUUUGGAGGAGGGGGGUCGGUGGGGGUUCUUUAAUGGGAUGGGGGCCGAUAGGCAGAUUAGUUAUGAUGUUUAUCAGAAGGUGGUUGAGAUGGAUUUGUUUGAGGCUGGGUAUGAUGUUGAGUGGGAGGAAAUUCCGGUGCCAAAGCUGGAGGGCGAGUGGAGUGGUGUGAAGAGGGCGUAUUGGGUGGUGGACAACUAUCGUCUGCCGUUGUGCAAGUUUAUGGGGUAGAUAUUAGAGCACAAACUAGAGAAGAGAAAGCAGUUGCCAUGAUGCUUCAGAUAACUAUUUAUACAAAGACCAUAUUUCACUGUGUUCGCCCACCCCAGGGCGACAUUAAGCGCCGGUAAGAACGAGGAUUGCCGGAUCAUAAACAAAAUAACAUCACAUUUUUUUUCUUGCUCGUUUACGCUUCAAAUUCAACUUAUUUCGUAUCCUCCGCUCCCGCAUUGACGUUCAAGCCCAGACCCUGGGUGUCAAGGUAGAGCUUGUU